AUGGGAUUCUUUGACCCGCAGGGUCUGCUCGCCCCAUUUACCAUUCAUGGCCGGAUGCUAGUUCAGGAUUUGUGGCGCACAGGUUGCCAAUGGGACGAUGAAAUUGAUGACAGUAGUUUUGCUAAAUGGAAACGGUGGACCAGUUUGCUACCGGAAGUCAAUGCUAUUCGUAUCCCGCGUUGCUAUUUUAACUGUGCCUCAGCUGAUAGGCAAAUAGAGCUUCAUAUAUUUACGGACGCUAGUGAGUUUGCCUACGGUUGCGUUGCCUACUUUAGGACAAUUAAAAACGGCAAAGUUCAGUGUUCUCUGGUGAUGUCACGUUCGAAAGUGGCGCCAUUAAAGCGUCAAUCGAUUCCACGUCUCGAGCUUAUGGCGGCAGUGCUCGGAGCCAGAGCGAUGCACAGUAUUCAGUCGAGUCAUUCUUUCCCCAUUCAGCGAAGAUUUCUUUGGACCGAUUCUUCAACGGUACUUAGCUGGAUCCGUUCUGAGCAACACAACUAUAAGCAAUUUACGGCGUUUAGGAUUGGGGAAAUAGUGGAGUUGACGAGCGUAUCCGACUGGCGAUGGGUCAAGACGAAAUUCAACAUCGCUGACGUGCUUACUAAGUGGGGCAAAGGACCGCCGCUACAAUCGGAUGGACCAUGGUUUCAAGGGUCAGAACUUAUGUACCAACUCGAGCAGGACUGGCCGAGGCAGGUGCUACCAGCUCCGGGUACAAAGGAGGAGAUGAGAGCGUUUUCUCUUUUCCACGACGUUAACGUUCCAGAGCGUUUGAUGAACGUACAAAACGUUUCCCGCUGGCUUAAAUUGCUUCGUACGACAGCAACUGUAGGGCGAUUUAUCGAAAAUUGCCGGCGCAAGCGAGUAGGACUUCCAAUAUACACUUUAGUUGCUACUAUAGGCCAGCUGAAACUACUAAAAGGUGGAUACAAAUCUAUUCCAAUGCCGCUUACGCAAGAGGAACUGCAGAAAGCGGAGACAGUGCUUUGGAGACAAGUUCAAGCAGAAGCUUUUCCAGACGAAGUAAAAAUUUUGCUAAAAAACCGAAAUUGUAAACUCGGACAAUCUUCGAUUGAGCUUGAAAAAUCGAGUGAGAUUUUUAAACUUUCUCCAGUUUUAGACACCGAUGGUGUGAUACGGAUGAACGGCCGGUUGAAAAAGUCAGAAUUCGCUUCAUUCGACAUGAAAUUCCCAAUAAUUCUACCAAAAACUCACGAAAUAACCAAGAAGCUGAUCCACCAUUUCCAUGAAAAAUUUGGUCAUGCAAAUCGCGAGACCGUAUUCAAUGAACUGCGGCAGCGGUUUUAUAUUCCCAAGUUGCGGAUAACGAUAAAGCAAGUGAUGAAAGAGUGCAUGUGGUGCAGAGUAAAUAGAUGUCAUCCAGCAAUACCUCAAAUGGCCUCUCUUCCUGUUCAGCGAGUUACUCCAAACCUGCGUCCGUUUAGUUCAGUUGGGGUGGAUUACCUUGGUCCAAUUGGAGUCACGGUAGGCCGACGCAAAGAGAAGCGGUGGAUCGCACUGUUCACCUGCUUGGCGAUUCGUGCUGUCCAUUUAGAAGUCGUACAUGGUUUGAGCACUCAAGCGUGCCUCAUGGCGAUCCGUAGAUUCAUCUGCCAACGCGGGGCACCAGAAGAGUUUUUCUCGGACAACGGCACAAAUUUCAAAGGGGCGUGUAACGAAAUGAUGAAGGCGAAGAAGGAGAUAGAUCUAGCAUGUGCGCAGCAAGUGACAAGCCCAACAAUCCGGUGGCACUUCAACCCGCCAGGAACACCACACAUGGGUGGAAUAUGGGAGAGGAUGGUGCGGUCAGUUAAAGCAGCAAUGAUGGUUUUAGACGAUGGUAGGAAACUGACAGAUGAAAUCCUACUGACAACGUUAGCAGAGGCUGAAGACAUGAUAAACUCACGUCCAUUGACCUACAUACCACAAGAGUCGGCGGAUACUGAAGCACUAACUCCAAAUCACUUCCUCCGGGGAACAGUAAAAUCUUCCGACAUGCCAGUAAGUGGACCGACUAACAUGGCUGAAGCAUUACGCGACAUGUAUGCGCGUUCACAGUAUCUGGCUGACAAGAUGUGGGAAAGAUGGCAGAAGGAGUAUCUUCCUAGCAUAAACCAACGGACAAAAUGGCAUCGGAACUGCAGACCUCUGAAUAAAGGCGACUUAGUGUUCAUCGUGGACGGGAAAAAUAGGAAGAAUUGGACUCGUGGAAUCGUCGAAGAACCUAUAACCGGAUCCGAUGGAGUAAUCCGACAGGCGAUGGUUAGAACUGGCAAUGGAGUGUUCAGGCGUGGGGUUGCUAAUUUAGCAGUGAUGGAAGUAAGUGAUGGUAAAUUCGCACCUGUUCAAGAUCCGGUGACGAAGUUACGGGCUGGGGAUUUGUUCCCGACGAAAGCAGAUGCGGGAGUACUGUCGGUCUAG